AUGUACAGUAGAAUAGUAAUUGUAGCACUCUUAGUUUUAUUAGUUCAUCAAAAUGUUGUGGAUGCAAGAAAACAAAGGAAAACCAAGCAACCGACGGAGACAGAAAGUCCUGUGCCACAGCCAAGCGUCUUAACCUAUUCAACAUUUGGAUUUAAUGACGUUGCAUCUCGGGAUGGCUUUGUGCCAACUUCGCCAGAGUACUCAAAUCAUCAUAAUAAAUACGAGGAAUCAUCGAAGAAGUUGUACGCACCUGCUUUCCCUUCAGCGCCGGACCCAGAUUUUACCAGUAAUUCUCAAUCUUUAAAUGGAGAACCAUUUACAAAUGCUGAAGGUGGACAACAAUCAAAUAUGGUACAAUUUAAUCCUGCAAGUUUUUAUAGAUCUUCAAAUGUUAAAUCAGAAGACGGCAUAAAUAAAAAUUCAGGUGGGGAAUACAAUAGGGGUUCAGAAAAUAAUAAUAACCCGGUGUACGGAACAAAAAUAAACUACAAUAAUAGAACCAUUUCAUUCAAUGGAUAUAAUAAUUCAGAAGUAGUAAACAAUGAACCGUAUAACAAUUACAAAUACUCAAAUUAUGACAAUUCUCAAUAUUAUAAUGAUAAAAAUCCAUUACACGUCGGUUCUGUUAAUUCAAACCAAAAUCUAUAUGAUUAUACGACUUAUCCUCCUCAAGAAAUAGAAAAUUUAAUGAAGGCUGCUCCAGUAAGUUCACAAGGCAUCAAACAUCUAUACACUGAUAUUAGAGAGUCGUUAACUCCAAAUAAUGGGAACUCGUAUAGCGCUUCCGAGGAUUAUUUAAAUAAGUUUAAAAAUUUGUAUGGCACUGUACCAGCAUCAUCAACUAAUUGGGGAAAUAUUUUUAAGAACACUGAUUACUCGUCCUAUAAAACACAUAAUUAUAAACCGACACAAGAAGCAGAAGAAAACUACGAAUACGUCCACAUACCUAAAAGGCCCAACAAUUAUAGAUUUGAGAAAGACUCUGAAAGUAUCGCGCACGACUGGUCUGCGUAUAGCAAGAAACAUAACCAUGAAUGGAACAAAGAAAAAUAUAACAACAGAUUUAAAUCUGAGGAGGAUUUACUAGGAUUAAGAAAUCACGAUACAUCACAUCCAUCGUAUUUACCUACAUUUCAAUAUCAUGGAAAUGAGGAUUCUGAUGAAAGUUUCAAGGAAGCUGUAGAGAAAUGGAGAGAAGAUUAUAUAAAAACGAAAUAUAGAGAUACACCAAACUACGAUUAUGAAGCUUCAGAAGCAAAACAUGUGCACUCUGUGAAUCCAUAUCAAAUAGAAGUGCCACAUCCGGUGAUAGUGCCAGUGCCACAGCCUUACCCGGUACGGGUACCUGUAGCAAAGCCUGUCGCUGUACCAGUAAUGCACGAGGUAGCCGUACCUAUAGAGAAGCCUGUACCGUACCCAGUCUACAAAAAGGUUCCCUAUCCCGUUGAGAAACUGGUGCCCGUGCCUGUUGUAAAACAGGUGCCAGUACCGGUGGUGAAACCUUACCCAGUAGCAGUGCCUCAAGUACGGCCAGUGUUUCACCAUUCCCGGCCGUCUGCUUACCGCGAAGAGUACGAUGACCACGAAGACGACGACUAUUUCCCACGACCAGAGAGCAGUAAUAUCGUUUAUAAUAAAAGACCGAAAAGUCCACGAAGUCGUCAGCGAAGACCAUCACGCAUGUCUCACCAGGAACGCAGUAAGAACAGAAGACCGCAGAGAAGACCGAACUCGUCGCGCGAGAGAGACCAACAUCGGUAUGUGAAACCAUCUUCAGAAUACAACCGUUACAGGUAUCACGACAAUGAUUUUGAGGACGAUCAUGACCAUAAUGAUUAUUUUACUUACUGUAAGAGAAUUGGCAAUUGUUAA